UUUUUUUUUUGGCGUGGGGAGGUAGAGACAGAAAUUGCUGGAAGAUCUAUUGCUUUUCUUAACUAUGCUUCGCGUCCUUGACUGACAGAGGACUUAGUCUCCCCUUAAUCCCCCAUAACUGCGGGGCCCAAGAUGAGGGAGGGAAAAAGAAUUUGGGACACUUCUCGCAGGCCAACUGGGAAGGGGGUCUGACUGUUUAAAAUGCCAGUUCCAGGUCCGAGAGCACCCGAAUUGCUAGCAGGAGAGGGCUAGGGACACGGCGGACUUCCCAGAGAUCGGACACUUGUUGCUUGUUGAAAAGGCGCCACCUUCCCUGCCAAAGCGAAGGCGCAGCGAAACAGUAAGAGUUUGGUCGAGGCCGACUUUGACGGCUUUGCGGGACCGGGUGCGUGAGAGAGGUUGGAAGAAACAUCUCUUCCUUGAAAUACCUAAGCAUAUAUUCCAAAUACUGAGCAAGAGUCGAGCGCGUUCUAACAUCGCAGCAGGGGCCGGAAGAGUUGCCUUUGUCCCCGCCUAUGAGCAAAAGUGUUGCGAGCUCACGGAUGGGUAAGCCUCCGGAGGCGCGCACAUCAGUCCUGGCGGCUGAUUCUACCAAAGCCGAAACUAGCUGGGAGCCAGGAGGCUGGCGGGAACCCGCGAAAGUCCAUUUCCAGCCCGAAGAGGGUUGGUUUUUCUUGGUUGGGGCAGGAAACAAACCACCAGCGCGGAAUUAGCCUCGAGAUGGUGUAAAGUAGUGGCAGUGGUGGUGGGGUGUUAUUGGAAGGCGACACAGAGUACAGGAGAAAAAGGAGUCAUUAAAAUAAUAACCUCAGUGGCCUAGUGGAGUCUCAAGAAUAUGUUCGAGACUGAGAUUUGACUCCAGUACUGCCAAGAAAGCCCCUCUCCUAACCUCGACGGGGAUGGGUAGUUGGGGUGGAGGGCGUUAGGAACGUGCAGGCAGCCGGGUGAGGAAUGUAGCUUUGCCAGACCUCACCCGGAGGAGGUGAGCCCUCCAUUUUUAGGUUCUCAACACCUUUGCAGCAGCCCCUCCCCGGGCCUGCGCUUUGCCUUGGAACAGAUCAAAACAAGCUCAAUAGUAAGUUGCACCCUUGGCAAUGAUAGUAUCUCUGCACGUCCAGAGAGGAUACUUUCGACGGCGGUGGGUUCGAAGAUGACCCAAGCCCUGAAUCGUUCUGUGACCUGACGGAAGAGCGCCUCGCCGAGUCCGGGAAGGAAACUGCCUAUCUUGGGCAUUCGGGGUCCGGGGGCAUCUGGGGCUCCAGAGAUCUUUGCCCACGUGGAAAGCGCAACAUGCUCCUCCGAAAGGCCGGCCUCUCUCCGGUUCUACUUUUCUCUCUCCUCGCAUAGCUUAGCCUCCCUCUAGUCUUUCCACUUUCUACUCUCAGACGCACCCCUCUGACUAGGGCACCCUUCAGCCAGCCGCACCCGCCCGCUACGCAGGCACCACCCGCUUCCUCCUCCCCGGCCCGCUCCCUCACUUACCUCGGAUCGGGUCUCCGCAGACCCCAGGUUGGACAUUAACUCCAGGUGCCCCAAGUCCCAGCCAGGAGACCCAUCCGGGCUGAUGGCUGGAGCGCGGAGCCCCGCCCAACAGGUCAGGGGCAAGAGUUCGCAAUCCUGGGGUCGCGCGGGGCAGCAAGAGCGCCCUGGAGGCGGCAGCCAAGACUCCAGCCGCGGCCGCCGCGAACAGCGCGAGGGCUGCCGACAACUCUCUCGCCUGCCCCCCGCACCCCCAGAAGCCGAGGUCCGAGCAGCCGCCGCUGCUUUGGGUGGGGGGGAGGUGACAGGGCUGCGCGCGCCGCGCUCUUGGCUGGGGCUGCGCGGGCCCGGGGCGCUGCGGGCUGCUCAGCUGCAGCUGCGGCGCUCUGCGCCUCCUCUGGGCGCACUGCCUGGGAGCACAAGACGGGCUUGUCUGAUGCUGCCGCGGGAGCUGAGGUCUUGCCUGGAGAUCCGAAUGAGACACCACGUCAACCGGCGCGGGGAGUCCCGUGAAGACAUGAGGGCGCCAGGAGCGCAGGCUGGUCUUCUAGAGCGGGGGCUGGGGGGCCGGGAGCCGGGGUGGGGGAGGGGAGGCGCAGGGCCCCCGGGAGGGAGGGGUCGGGAGGCGUUGGCUGGGCCGGGCUGUGGGGGAGGAGAGGCGAGCAGCAAGGAGGCGCUGGAGUUCCCGAGGCGGGGGUCCGGGGUGCGAGUGGGCUACGCGAGGCGCCCCUCCCUGGGCUGCAGGGAGAGCGCUGAGAGCGUGGAGACGCCGCGGGGCUUGCGCCUUCUCCUCCGGGUGGAUCAAAAAUCGGCAGGAAUGUGUGCCGCUCUGUGCGGGCCAGCCGAAGGGGGCAAUCCGAACUUGACCGCUGCGCCCGCGCCGGGCUUCGCCCCCGCGCGCCGCACUGGGAGGGAGGCGCUUUGCCGGUGCAGCGCCGCGCCGGGCUUUCCUCGCGCCUGUCGAAGGCCGGCCUUCCCGCUCGGUUGUCUAGUCCUCUCGCUUCUCCGCAGGGCAGGAGGCAGCGGCGAGAAAAGGAGCUGCCGGGCAGCUGGAGUUCUAGCACCGAGAAGGAGAGAUGCGGAGCGGCCGGAUGAGGACAUUGAGGAUCAGGGAUGUUGAAAUACUUGCCCAAGGAUGCACAAGUGGAAUGGAAGUGGCUGCAGUUUAGCAAGAUCAGCUCUGCUUGCUGUUCACUUCUCCAGCCAUGAGGACGGCAGCUCUGGAUAGACGUCUAAAGCACACACGAAAGCAGUGCUUCCUUUACUGGGCCAGAUUCUCCUGGGGGAGCAGACAGAAGCCCUCCAACGUGAGCAGGACGUUCUCAUGCCAGUGUGCAUUUGCCUGUCUCCCUUGGGGAAGGCGACUGUUGUCUCCUGGGCACAGGUAGCUACCAAUAGGUGAGCCCCUCAGGAGAUCACUGGUAUAUCUAGGAUGGCAAUUAGCUUCUUUAAUAUGACAGCCUCAUGACAGCUGGCAAGGAGCUGCGAUUGGAAGGAACUGGAAGUCACACCGAAGCUCAUUGAACAAGCAUGCCAUGAGUGCCAUGAGUAAGUAGUCCCAGCUGAUGAGCUUAUCAGGGGGUUGCCAGUGGGGGGACUGCCCAGGGGGAGAUGGAAUGGGAGACAUAGCCAGACCUCAGAAGGAUAUGCAGCUCCUGUGAGGACCUAAGUGGAGCUGAGUCAGCAUGGCCCUGGUGAGCACACAGCAGGCAUUGAUCAGCCACAGACUUCAGUAUUGAGACCUUCUAGGGUGGGAACUAGAUGAACUGGAGGACAGGCCAGGAACCUGCACAUAUGAAUCAUGUGGGCCAAGGACCUUCCUCCCCUUUCCUACCAACAUGAAGCAGACCCUUCCCCCAGGGGUCAUCUUGAAGAAAAAUGGGAAAGUGGAGCGUGGUAGGCGACGAGGUGCUGCAAUACCAAAAUAUCCAGAAGGCAUUUAAAAUUAUUGGACUAGAUGACAUGUAAUUUUCCUUCUUUACUUAGUAAAGUGAAGGACUCUGGAGAAAGAUUUGAUCAAUUAUAGAAAAUAAUGAAGGUACAUUUUCUUUGCGUAACUAAAUAUAGGGUAAGUACAUUUUGCAUUUGCUAAAAUUGUCUUUGCUCUGCCUCUGCACACAUGUGGGCACCCGCGCACACACACAAAUGGCACUUCUAGGAGUUCUUCCUUGCCACCACCUCCUCUCAAGAAUCAAUGCUCACGAAAGCAUUUGUGAGAAAUGUGGAGUUUACUGUGGAGUUUCAAAGGGAAGAUGAUGGAGGUUUCACUGUAACCCCCACAACAAACAGAUUCAUAUUCCGUUUUGAUACUGUGUUCAUCAUUUCCAAUAUGUACGUUUUUCCUAGUUGAGUAUUUGAUAUCUUGGAAACCAGACUCUGUCUUGCUGUGUUGGUGUGUCAUAGUCUAAUUGGCAGCACGUUUCCUUUGGUAACAAUACAUAAGACAAUGGUGUGUCUUAUGUUGGUGACUUCUUAUAUUUGUUAAAAUCUUUUAAGUCUACUGCUUUGCAGUCCUUCCUCAACUGCAAGCAGAGGCUUCCCCACUGAGGAAAGUACAGUCUGGAGUCCGACCAUCACUUGCUAUCUCCACCAUUCACAAGCCAGGUAACCUUGGGCAAGUUACUGAAGGGUUCGGGGCUUUGUUUCCCCACCUGUGCAAUGGGGAUAAUAUUACUAACUACUUCAUCGGACUGUAGUAAGAGUUGAAUGAGUUGAUUCGUAUAAAGAAAUUGGAACACUGUCAGGUGGUGGUGACUUCUAGAAAAAUAGUUGUUCUUACACGUGUUAUCUCUUUAGUCCCCUCCCACACAGGCCCUGCCUCCUUUUACCUGUUGCUUUUUCUUUCCUCCCUUAUUUUAUAAAAAAUACUUCAGUGACCACUGUUUGCUAUUUGAACACAACUUUGAGAUCUCUCUUCUCCUUCCCAAAUGGCUUACCUAAGUAUUUACUCCAAACAAAUAUGUUGUCUUUUAGAGAUACUCUGGUAAGUAAAGAUUGCUGUAUGUAGUAACAUAUUUUUAUCAAUAUUUCUGAUGCAUCUAUGGUAGAUGCAAGAGAUAGUAAGGUAUGAACUUGACUGGAGCCGAGCUAGGUUUUUGGGGAACAUUAGGAGAUGGGAUGGAAAAAAGAUAGGUUGGAGACAGAUGGCACUUGAAGAAUCUCCCCUUUGAAAUCUUCGGUAAAGUCUAUGAUGUGAUACCUCUCCAUACAUCUCUUAAGAGACUUUGUAUUUUGAUGAUAGCCUUGAAUGCUAGGGACAUCACACCAGCUAGCCCAUACAGGGUGGAGAGGACUUUCGCCCUCUUCAAUUCACUGUGUAUGGAUGGCAAUGUUUCUUCCCACAUAUGUGGCUGGCCCUAGGAGACAAGUCAGGCGAUGUGAGCUGUGGAUGUGAACUGAGAGAACAGUUGGGGCUUAGGUGAGAAGUGGAGAUGCAGGAACUCUUCAGAUAUAGUGGCCUUAGGGAAAGAUAGAUGUAUUAGACUAUUCUUACAUUGCUAUAAAGAAAUACCUGAGACUGGGUAAUUUAUAAAGAAAAGAGGUUAAAUUGGCUCAUAGUUCUGCAGGCUAUACAGGAAGCAUAGUGCUGGCAUCUGCUCAGCUUCUGGUGAAACCUCAGGGAGCUUUUAAUCAUGGCGGAAGGGGAAUGGAGAACAGGCAUGCCACAAGUUGAAAGCAGGAGCAAGCAAGGGAGAUUGGGGAUGGGGGUAGAUGUUACAGACUUUUAAAUGAGCAGGUCUCAUAACAUCUCACUCACUAUUGUGAAGAUGGCACCAAGCCAUGAGGGAUCUGCCCCCAUGAUCCAAACACCUCCCACCAGGCCCCUCCUCCAGCAUUAGGGAUUACAAUUCAACAUGAGAUCUGGGUGGGGACACACAUCCAAACUAUAUCACUAGACACUAACAAAGAGACACCCGGUCCAUCUGGGUUCAAGGUGUGCCACAGGCCUGCAUGUCCUCCUAAGCUUUUCCAGACCCUUGGUGCCAGAGUUCAAAUGGCUGCAGUCCUGGCAUAUUCCUCAGUGAGACUGGACAAAAUAAUCCACUCCUGCAAAUGGAAAAUUUCUUCUGCGUAGGGUGAGCACUUCCAGCUCCAGAAAUGAAACAUGCUAAAGGCAGAGUGUGACUUGGCAUGGGGUGACCGGUUUCCCAACUGAUCGGUCCUCUACCCUGUUAGUUCAUUUUGCUGACGAUCUUGUCCAUAAGAGCAAAGAACUUUCUAGCUGGUCACCUUUGCAACAAAGUAAGAGUUUUUGAAAGAGGAUUUUAAAAAAUUCUUUUUUGGUUUAUUUUGGGUUUAAUGAGUCAACACUUUAUUUUACUAUGAGUGUUUAUAACCAAACCUAAAUGUAUGUAGGAUCUUGAACUUCCCCCACAACUAUUUCCUAUUUGUUCCCAGAAAAAUUCCAAUGCCAGAUUUUGCCAUAGCAACCAGAGGCAAAUAUCAAGACAGCAAUAAAGAGCAAGCUGGAAAAGGGUUUCCCUACAAUGUGGCUUGAGUUUCUGUAGGGCAUUCCAUCCUCCGUGCGGAGCCCUGGAAGGCAAGAGGGGGCCCUGCGGUUCCUCGUGGGGGGUCUGGUAGAGUCCAGCUUUACCAGCAUCCAGGACCCACUAGGAAAUGUGUCUUUCAGGCAGCUGGGCUAGGGGCGGAAGGAUCAGCUUGCCUGCUCCUCGGGCUUGGCACCUGUUGUGUGUUGAUCUUUAUUUUUCUAUGUCAAUUUUUCAAAAUUAAAUGUAUUGAGUUAUUAUUUUUUCAUUAUGCUUUUCCUCUGAGCAGUUUAGUAAACAAGCCUGUUGUGUAUUUCCUAAUUGUCCCCUCAAGUGCUCUUUGGAAGAAGGCAGUGCAUAUAUAUAAGUAAGAAAAUGGAACCAAAGAACAGGAGACUCUUCCAAUACCUGCCCACGAUGUCCCUCAUUCUGUGUCCUUCCUUUUUGUCAUGGUUGUUGUGGUAAUGUUAGGAAGUCCCACUUCUUGCCCAUAGGUAAAGUCAUCUCACUACAUGAUAGCCUUCUUGCUGAAAGAACUUUGGGCUUCCGAGUUACUUCAGAAGUUUGGAUUAGCGAUGUGUUGUUAAAUGUUUAAUAACUUGCUCGCAGACAUAAAAUUGCUUUGAUUUGUAGAGCUGAUUUGCUGAUUUCUGUGGUGCAAAUCCUCCCACCAUGGCAGAUUUCUUUUUGCCAGAGUGACCUCAUGAACGUGGAACUGGAAGGAGAUGAACACAUUUAACUCUCAUGCACUGGUGGAAAAGGUAGGAGCAACAGCUUUCAGUUCUAAGGAUACAUUCUGUGGACCUUCAUAAGCUCUAGGAACUAGGGGGGCAAGAUUGAGGAGGAAAUAGAGAAAACAAUUUGCUGUAUAGUAUUUUCCCCCGAGCUGCCAUCUGGGGCCUUCAGAGCUUAACACUGCACCCUUGCACUGUUGCACACACCACAGGAGCAAUACCAAGAGAUGUCAAGGAGAUAAUUUGGCAUGUCAUGGAAGAAUAGAAGAACAACUCAGGGGAGGAAGAAGUCAGACAUAGCCAGACAUGGCUGCUAGCAGUUCCACCAAUGAAAGAGACCAGGAUGUUUAAAACAGGCAAACACAAAGCGUGAAAAACUAGAAGCUAAAACUUCUGAGGUCAUUUAAGCAGGGACUAUCAUUAUCCCUGGAAGCGGAGAGAAGUUCAGUCCCUUGCCCAACAUCACACCGCAAGCAUGCGUUGGAGCUGAGAUUCAGACCCAGGCAUUCAGGGUCCAGGGAUGAUGCUCUUAAUAUAUUCCAUAUCUUAGGAGAAUUUCUCCUAUUUAAACAAUAAAAGUGCAAAAAUCUUGUGGCUAGCCAAAAUUUUCAGUUGUUUGGAAAACUUAUUUAUCCAAUAAGUGGAGAACUCACUUGUCCUCCAACAAUUCUGGAUAAAUGAAAGAACGAAUUGAACUGAGACUGGUAUCCGGGUCUCCCAGUACUUUGUAGUUCCUAUCCAUAUGGCUUGUCAGGAAGGCCACAGGGAGGUAAACUAACUCGAGCAGGUCUGAGUAACCAGAAACAAUCCCACAUCAGACUGUUGGCAGUGGGAGUGGAACACUCAGAGCUGAACCGCGUGCAAGAUGCUUGCAUUUUCAUUUGCAAUGUUGUCAUCUUCCUCAUGGCUCAAGAGGUAUUUUGGAGUUGACAUGAAGGCUACUGUAAUUUUUAGAGGCUUUUUGCUUUCUGGCUUGUAUUUACAUAUUGUGGUAGAAGAGUCAGAAGACCUCAAGCUUCAAAAGUGAAUCUUGUUGCAACUUACGAAAGCACCACCCUGUGGGGUGCAGCUCUCAGCAUGUGUCACCCCAGGCGCUGUGAUUUCCCUGGGUUCAUCCAACUUUGGUUGCUGUUCUUCAUGCUCAGGAAUUCUGCAAUUGCCAUAGCUUUUGCUGUUGUUAUGUCUGUAGGUAUGGACUCAUUUCUACCAUUCUGGAAUGAAACAUUAUUUCAAGGAAAGCUUCUUAUUGUAAAAGGUCCACACAUUCAGAAGGAAACUGGGAGCACAUUUUCUCAUAGGCCUGAAGCAUUGACUGACUAUGCGUCUUUCCCCUUAGCGUUGUCAUCAUAUUGUAAGUGGAUGAGUCAUGGACAACAUUUUCACACACAUACAUGAGGUCCGUCGACCGGUCCUUAGGACAACUAGAUUUCUUUUCUUUCUUUGUUUUAAAGAAGAAGACAAGUCAAGAUACAGCAGAUAAAAAUGCUCAGCACAUUUGCUGAAAUCUUAGCAAAAUCAAAUUACUAGUAAUUUGUUAAUCACACUAUACCUGUUUUGAGCCAAUCCUACUUAACCCAUCCUCCAUCUUCCUCAUGCUUGCCUCCCUGGUAAACUCCUAUUUAUGUUACAAAGAUCAGUGUUUAUGUUACUACUUUUGUGCUAUUUCUGAACAUUAAAUGUACUUCUGUUGUAGAA